AUGGGUGGCAGUUUUGGCGUGGUGACGCUGGUGGUUAUCACGGCGCGCAAGGCUGUGCAUGUAACAGAGGAAAACCAGAUCAAUCUCAAACAAUGGGUGGCCCCGUUGGUGGACUCCGGUGCUGUAUUGGCAUUCAAGGACCCUCACUUGGACGCACCAGAUGACUUGGUGCUGCGCUGGGCUCGCCUUGCCCUCUCCUGCUCCGCCAUGCCUGCAGCCUCCCGCCCCUCCAUGAAUCAAGUGCUGGGAGAGCUGGUGAAGUUGAAGCAGGAGGCGUCCGGAGCACAUGAGAGCCAUGUGGGCGAGGCCAAAUCUCGCUUCGACAUGGAGCUUGGGAGCUCCAUUGGCUCCUCCAGCUUCACUGCUGAAAUGGCCCGUGCGGAGCGCGAGGGGGGCAUGCCAAGUGGCUCUUCCGCGUAA